CAUCUACUCAAGAGAAUAACAAGUAUGAGUAGUGACCUGAAUUAUAAUGCAUGCUAGGAUUGCUCGCUAAGACGUAACUUGGUGUUGCUCGAGCAGUGUCUUCACAGUGAACAUGUCUAUGUCGUGGUACUUGUGUAUUAUUGCGAUGAAGUGCUUUUGACAGCGUGACAGCAGGCGCUAGCUGCUUAGGUCAACGCAAUCGCCAGGAAUGAUAGAGAUUUACGAAGUGUUUGAUGCCAGCAAUGAUGAGCUGUUAUCGGAGCUACAAAAUUUGCAGCAGCUACUACGGGCAGCGUCUGGACCGAACCAUGUCCAGUACAAGAUGCUUUACGACACGGUGCGGCAGGAGCUGGAGGAGCGUGGUGUGUCAAACAAGCUCUUCCAGCAGCUCGCACCCAAGGCGCCUCCUGCCGCGCCAACCCCAUCAGGACUGCAACCCGUUGCAGCCCUGUAUUCUUUCGGCUCAUUCGCCGGAGCAGGCGGCGGAGGCGGAGGCGCUGCCGUUGCUGGGGGUAUGCCGUACGGCGGGCAUGGCCAUCCGCAUCUCGCCGUACAGGUUCCGCCUCCCAGCAUCAACGGCAGCGGCAUAGCUCAUGCAGUUAACGCCAUGGUUGCUGCGACGACUGCCCGGCAUGCCACGCCUGCAUCGCCCACAAGCAGCAGUGCAUGCGGCCAUUCCUCGCACAAUUUGCUGCGGAACCUCGAUGCCAUGUCUAGCAUGGGGCCUGGAAAGCAGCAUCAACCCCAACAGCAACUACAGCAACCGCAGCAGCAGUACCCCAUGCAGUUGCGUCGUCAGCCGUCAGGCCUGCAGCUGCCCUUGCAGCCGCAGCCGUCCUUCCCUCCCACCUCGCCGCCACGACGCUGCAGUGGCGACGGAGCCGGCGGCCCCGGCGGCCCGGGACUGGUAUCAGGACUCAGCCCACUCGGACACGACAGCGACAUUGGAAGUCCUGCUCAUGCGGGGACGGUGGACGCUGGGGCGCUGGCGUCGCCUUCGUUGUCAGCGGCAUCGACGCCAGGCGCCAGAAGCAAGCUGCAGCAUUAUGUCUGCGGGGCAGAGGGAAGCGCAUGUAGUUUAGCUACCAGCAGCAGUGUCACCGGUGCUGCAGAAAGCUCCCUAGCGGAUGUAGCAGCCGGCAACGCUGAGGAGGCUGAGGCCGCGGAGGGUGCCGGUGGCUAUCAGGGGCCAGCCGGCGGAGGAGCAGGAGGAGGUGGCGGAGAUGGUGGCAAGCCGCUAAGCGUGUGGGAGGCGGCUAUGAAGGCCUUCCAGGAAGAGCAGCGGCUGUUGCGAAAGGCUCGCAAGGCCAUUCGAAAGGGGCCCCCGGCCAAGCCCCCAGCUCGGAAGCCCUCCGCCACGCCCAUCCAGCCGCACAGCCACCACAGCCACCACUACCACAGCCCGCCGCCACCAGUGGCGUGCGAGACCUCCCAGGCAGGCUCCACGCGAGGCGGGCCGGCCCCUCGGCCGACCCGUGGGUCAUCCUGUGGCAGCGGGGGUUCCCCGGCGGGUCCCGGAGCUGGGUCGGGGCCUGGGGCUCGACCUGGUGGAGCUCCAUCGCCGCAUGGGGCAACUGCCGCUGCCGCUAGCACCCCUACCAGCAUUAGUAAUGGCAUUGGCAGUGGCGCUAGCAGCAGCAAAGCUGGGGUAGCGGGAAACGCAAGCGCUGCCGCUGCGACGCGGCAAGCUGGGGUAGGCGGCAGUCCCGCCGGAAAGGCGGCCGCAGCUGCUGCUGCGCAUGCGGGCAGCAGCGCCGCGAGGGCGCAAGCGCAUGGCAUUGCGGCAGCAAACGCAGGAGCACAGGGCACAGCAAUGGCGUCCGCAGCAUCCCCGAUGGCAUCCUCGGCAGCAGCGGGGGCGGGGGCGGUGGAGGCGGAUACCGUGGCUGAGGAGCAGGGGCUGCAGGCGCGGACGCAGGCGGUGGUGGCUGGGGAGACGGCGGGACAGCAGCGGGAGGCUUCGGAACCGGAGAGCGUCAAGACCGACGAGGAGUCCAGUGACCUCCUAGCGGCCGUCAUGCGGGAGGCAGCGGCAGCAGCGGAGGCGGAAGCAGCAGUCGCGCGCAACGCAGCAGCUGCAGCAGCAGCCGGCGAGGAUUCCGAACCCGAAUCCGUCAGUUCUGGCGCCUCCGGUGCCUCGUAUGGUGUCCAAGAGGAAGCGCAGCAGCCACAGCGACAGCAGCAGCAACAGCAGGAUGCAAGCCCCAGUUACGUUGCGCCGCGGCAUGACACACGGCCGGCGUCGGCAAGAGGGCCCUCCUUUUCAACUGCACGGCAGCACCAGCAGCAGUCUGAGGUCGGGCCGUCCAGGUCUAGUCUGCCCUCACUCCCCGUCACCAUGCGACCGGCCGGCCCCAUGUCCUCAGCCGCUUCAGCUGCUGCAACGCAGCAACCGGCGGUGGAAGCAGUGCUGGUUUCGGGGCCAUCGGCGAAGGCGGCGGCGGCAGUAGCAGCCCCCCGCAGUGCAUGGGCAGCAGCGCCGCACGCCGCAGCACCGCCUGCCGCACAUGCAGGCGAGCAGCCAGUGCAGCGGGAGGUGGUUGGGGAGGCGGAGACUGUGGCCACGGAAUCGGAGCCGGGCACUGAGAGUGAUGGCGACAACGACGGCUACGGGUCAGACCGGGCUGGGAAGGGGCGCUCGCGAAGGGAUGUCCACCAGCAGCGACAGCAGCAGCAGCAGCAGGAGGAAGCACGACGGCGGGCGAUUGCAGCGGCGGCGGCCGCGGCAAUCCAGGGGCGCAGCGCCGCAGAUCCCUCGUCCUAUGUGACCCCGGCCACUCCGCUCGCCCGGGCAGUGAUUGCCUCCGGUCCCAUGCGAGUGGACCGCUGGGCGGAUUGGGAACUCGCAGACAGCACCGACUCGCUGUCAGCUUGGGCCACGGAGCAGGAGCAGGACCCCAUGAUGCGCGGCGGCGGCCACCUGCGGACGCUGCGACCCACGGGUCAGCACGUGCCGCCAGAGUCGCUUGUCCAGGGACCGCCUGGAGCACACGGGUUGGCGGCGCUUCCGGUACACCCAGGUCCGCCUCUUCUUCGGUCUGUGGGCUCUGCGGGAUCAAACCGCAGGAGCUCCCGGCAGGUUGAGACAGGGGCGUCGUCGCGGCUGGGUAGCGCUGGGAGCGGAGGGAGAGGCAGCAAUGGCGGUACGGGCUCGGAGCCUGGAGGUGGUAUCGGAGCUAGCGCAGCAAGCAAAAGCUGUAGCAGCGACGGCGAAGCGGAUGGUUGCGCGAGCGACGGGGUCGGAGGGGCUGCGAGACGCGCACGACGGAAGGCCGGCCGCACGUCUCCACAGCCGCGGUUGGCGCCAUCAGCUCGUCCUUCUGGAGGUACGUCUACCUCCACGUCAGCAGCGCCGCCUCCGUCAGCAGCUGCGGCGUCCGCCACUCCUGCUGCUGCUGCAGUUGCAGUCGCAUCGCCCGCUAGAAGGCCGCCGCUGGGGCCCUCCGUGCAGGCGCAACCGCAACCACCUGCACCCGCCUCCUCCGCAGCGCCUCGUUCCAACUCCGCCGGCCCCUCCUCCUCCUCCUCCAGCGGCGCAGCGUCAAGCUCUCUCCGCGGCGGUGGCAGUGCCGGCGGAACCGCGGGGUCCGCUACCACCUCUGGAAGCGGCACCCCGUCUGCCCCCGCCUCCGCCUCCGCCGCCCCAGAGCCCAAUCCCGGCGCUUCCUACCUGCAAUUCUUCAGUACCUUCCACGAAAUCCUCACCCUCUGCUACAGCGCCCUGCCCGUCAUGCUCGACGCAGCCGCGUUGUCCUCCGCCUCGGUGGCGACCGUUGCCGGCGGCAGCGGCGGCAGCAACAGCCGACCUGCAUCCCGCAUGAUGGCGGCCAUCACAGGCGCCGCAAGCGGCCUGGACCUCCUGGAACGUUAUGCGGGACUGCUGGCCAGAUGUGAGGCCUGGCAGGCCAAGCUGCGGCUACUCAGCCAGGCGGCUCCCGAGGAGGAAGUAGGGCCUGGGAUGGGCGCCAACGCAGGCUGGGCAGUGGCCCCAGCUGCAGCAGCAGCAACCGCGGUAACAGGGACGGCAGCACCCUCGUUAUUAUCCGCAACCACGACCUCCUCGCAGCUCCUGGGGGGCCGGUCGGGCAGUAGUGGCGGCGGCGGGACGCCGCCGCCGCCUCCCACGCUGCUGUCACCUCCGCCACAGGUGCGUAAGUACGUCGCCAUCAUUGACGAUACCGCGCAUCCGGAGGUACGGAACGUCGUGACAGCUGCCGUACAGUUGCUGUCGCCGGCAUGGGCGCUAGACCCGGCGGACCAGGUGACGGAGUUGGCGAGACCGGACCCCUCCGCGGACGAUGACGUGAACGGCGGCGGCAGCGGAACCUCCAGCGCCGCCAACAGCCGCCCGGGUACGGCACUUUCGGGAGGCGGCUUGACCAGUAGGGGCACGCUAUCAGGGCUUGCCAGCGGGCUGUCAGGGCGGGAUGCAUCAGGGUCAAGUUCGACGCCGCCAGGGUCCGCCGGAGGGACAUCCGGCGGCGGCCGCUGCCACUUGUGGAAUGUGCUAUGGAGCUGGAGCGUCAAGGUGCGGGUGCCGGCUAAUGAGCUGCUGGUGUGGCAGCGCGUGAACCACUUCGCUGAGGCGCGGCAGUUGACGCGGAAGGACCUGCUGAAGAAGCACCUCGCCAAGUACCAGGCCAUGCACAACACAGGUCGCGCCGCCUCUCUGUUCGACCGGCUGACUCCCACCACCUUCGUGCUUCCCAAGGAGGCAGCAGCGCUUGAGGAGGCCUUCGUGCGGGCGUUACAUGGCGUCGAGGCGACCUGUGUGCAGCCGGUGGGUCUUAACCUGUGGAUCCAGAAGCCCGUGGGGCUAUCCCGGGGGCGCGGCAUCAGCCUCAUCAGCUCGCUACGGAAGCUCAAUGCGGCGGAACCCACCGUCGUACAGAGGUACCUCACCGAGCCGCUGCUGGUGGAGGGCUUCAAGUUCGACUUGCGGCUGUACGUGCUGGUCACCUCCUUUAACCCGCUGGAGGCCUGGAUGUACGAGGAGGGCUUCGCAAGGUUCACCACCCUGCCGUACACGUUGGACGAGGCGGAGCUGUGCAACAUGCACGUGCACCUGACCAACUCCUCCGUGCAGCGCACCCGGGCAGAUGCGGGGCUGCUGCCGCCCUUCCUGCAGGCAGCAGAGCCCGCGGGCGGCUCCAAGACCAGCCUGGCAACGCUGCGGCAGCUGCUGGCGCGUCAGGGUGUGGAGUGGUCGACGUUGUGGUGUCGCGUGUGCGAGGUGGCAACAGCGGCGCUGUUUGCGGCCCAGGAUGCCAUUCCGCAUUCGCCCAACAGCUUCGAGCUGUUUGGCUUUGACAUGAUGAUCGACGCACAGCAAAAGGUGUGGCUGCUGGAGGUGAACAGCAGCCCUAGCAUGGGCCUAGACACGCCGCUGGACCGCGCCAUCAAGCCUCGCCUCAUCGCGGACGUGUUGGAGCUGCUGGCGCCGCUGCCUUUUGACCGGGAGGCGCUGGCGGGGGUGCUGCGGGCGCGAGCCAACACAGGCCGUGGCAGCCGUCGAGGGACAUCGGGCCUGCUCAGCGGGACGGUGAGUGAGGAGCGGGAGCUGCUCUGCGCGGACCUCCAAGCGGUGUUGGGCGGAACGCUGCCCCGUCGGUACGGCGAGCGACCGCGCAACCCUGGGGGCUUCUCUUCAUGCCUUGCGCCGUCUCCGUUCCAUGACAGGCUCUUGAAGCUGCGACGGCCGUUGCCUGGCUAAGGGCUGAGAUUUUAUUGGCUGUUGCGUUGGAUCGCCGCUUGCGGUGCAAAUGUAACAUGGG